ACUUGACAACUAAGAACGUUGAGUGUACUGUAUCAUUGUGUAUACUAUGUGGCAUUGUAGCUUCUACGCCACUAUAGUAUGUAUACAUGUCUGUAUAUGUCUUGCUGUGACAGUAGCGUGGUAGCGAUAGCUACGUCAAAUUACGUGACUCGCUAGUUUCGUUGUUUCGAAACAGAUUUUGAAUUUCUCAGUUGCUGUUAAUUUUUAUUGAACGUUUGGAAAGCAAUUGACAGCAUUGCAGGAUGGGUGUAAUUUUCUUGGAGCACAUCGGAGGCACCCGACUGUUUUCUUGCGCUGCCUGUGACACCAAUCUUACAAACAGAGGUCAGCUGAUAAGCACGCGUUUUACAGGCGCCACGGGUCGUGCUUUUCUAUUUAACAAAGUCGUCAACUUAAAUUACAGCGAGGUACAAGAUAGAGUGAUGUUGACGGGUCGUCACAUGGUCCGAGACGUCAGCUGCAAAAACUGUGAUGCUAAGCUUGGAUGGGUGUAUGAAUUUGCAACAGACGAUAAUCAACGAUACAAGGAAGGCCGCGUCAUCCUGGAGCGUGCUUUGGUCACAGAGAGUGAUGGAAUGGGGGACAAUAUUUAAUACUCUAUGACAAGUAGCAGGUCAUAGGAUAACAAAUAUGCUAUAGUCGCUGUGAAAACAAUUUCUCCCUUCCUUGUGUUCCUUUGUUACUUGAAGUAAGCUUUAAAAAUUGUUUCACUGGCAUACAAUAAUUUAUAUAUAUAGAUUGAAUGUUUUUGUAAACAUCAAAUGUGUUUUGUCUUAUGGUAUUACGUAUUUCUAAUGAUCUGCUGUUUUCUUUUUAAGUUAUUUUACGUUUAAACGUGUAUACCACGAUAAGUCUGAUUGUAAAUAAAGAGUGUGUCUACUGUU